GUACUAUUUUGAUGUAACAGCAGCACGUUUCUGAUAGUUGCAGGAACUUGAAGCUGUGACCGCUGCAAGUGGACAUACUGUAUUCUAGGAAUGUAACAUGUCACAGCAUUUUUUUAUUUUUUGUGCAAAGUGUCGCGUAGAUUCUACUGAACAAUGGCGCGGGUUGUGAGAGUUUUUCGGACUUUGCGUAAUCAUUGGAAGAAGUCUACAUUUGCUGUGUGUGUCCUAUCUUACGGAAGCCACUGGCUUUAUGGGAGAUACUGUGAUAAUGUUCUGCGAAGAGAAGCUUGCCUCGAAGCUAGGGAAUUCGGGCGACAAUUAAUAGCGCCAAAUGAACGUUUAAAGAAGGCUACCGUGAUCCUGAACCCUGCAGCUUGUAAUGGGAAAGCCAACAGUUUGUUUGAAAAGAAUGCUGCUCCUAUUUUACACCUAGCUGGCAUUGAGAUUACAGUAGUGAAGACGGAUUAUGAAGGUCAAGCCAAAAAAAUGAUUGACCUCAUGGAACACACAGACAUGUUGAUUGUGGCCGGAGGGGAUGGCACUUUGCAGGAAGUCGUCACAGGUUUACUGCGGAGGUCAGAUCAAGAUUCGUUCAGUCGCACACCAAUUGGAUUCAUUCCACUUGGCUCUCGAAAUACUUUGAGUGCCACUCUUUACAUCCUCAGUGACAACAAGGUCAAGGAAAUUACGUCAGCAACUCUGUCCAUACUGAAGGGGGAAACCGUGCCUCUGGAUGUACUUCAAAUCAACGCAGAGACAGAGAAGCCCGUCUAUGCUCUGAUGGGACUGCGUUGGGGUGCUUUUCGAGAUGUUUCUGCAACUGUUAGCAAAUAUUGGUACCUUGGACCACUGAAGACAAAUGCUGCUCAUUGGUUUCGCACCUUUCGCGAGUGGCCCUUACUACGUGAUGUCACAAUGACUUACUUGGCUCCCACCCUUCGGCCCCCCGACAUGCCUCCUCAUAAGACUUCCAGACCCAACCUGCUCUAUCGCAUUGCCCGCAGGCUGAGAAACUACUGGAAUCCACCCCCAGAAGAGCCGCCAAAAGAAGAACCAGAGCAAUGGGAGGAACAGAAGCUCUCUUCACUCGAGCUGUAUAUUCAAACACACAACAAGAACCCUGUUGAGCGCCGCAUAAAUGACUCUAUGAUGAUUUCUGCCGAGUCUGACAACUUUACUGUUAGCGAAUUCAUCACCGUUGGAAAACAAAAACAUAACGACCCAACAGUUUUCAGUGAAACCUCCACAAAACUGGAAGCCAGUGCUUGCCGGCUGCAGCUGCCAGAGGGCACCGGCGGCUUCUUCAACAUUGACAACGAAGAGUUCGAGGCCAUGCCUGUGGAGAUAAGACUGUUGCCACGGAAACUACAUUUUUUCAUGAGUGCAGAGCGCCGACAGCAACUUCUGUCACUUAUGCAGUGAAGAGAAACUGGAGAAGACAAAAAUAACCUCCCAAAAACUGCCAUUCAAGACCACCUCAUGCUGUCCUCUGAAACACACAAAGAUAAUGUCUCUUUACAGCUUUAAGUAGUCAUGAAGUGGUAUCUUUUAAAUUUCUAUAUCUUGUAGGAAACAAAAAGAUCAUUUUCAAUUACAUUGCAUUCUCAUCUCAGCCUGUAUUCCAUGUAUACAUUGUCUUAAUAACUUUAUUAAAAGGCCUUUAGUCGACAGUUAA